AUGGUGCCGUCGUUCGAGAUAAAAGUGGUGGACUGGUACACGAAAGACUGGUUCGGCACCUACGGCAAGGACAGGGACCAGGUUCGCUACCUUUACCUGCCCUACAUCACCAAAUUCAGUUCUGAAAGAAAAAUCGAGUUCGACCUGGAUCGCCACAAUCCGGACGACGUCUCCAAGACGAUUAACGACGUCAACGAGGAGAACAUCGACACCCUGCUCCACUGGCUGGUCAAGAACUACCAAGGACCCUGUGGACGUCCGAUAAGAAUUGGACACGAAUUCGUCUCUUACCGCGGACUCUUGUCGAAAAUCCUGUGCUCGCCUUACUCCACGAAUGACGACCUGCGCAUCUGCGCCAUUAAGGUCAACGGAACCAUUUAUAUGUGCAAAUUCCUCACGCCUAUGGAAAAGGUAGACGUGGCCAUGCAAUUUACUAAUCCGCAACUGCUCAAAUUCACCAAGUUUGGACGAGUUUUCGAGGGAUUCAUGGGCUCUGAGAAACCAGGUGUGAAGCCUGACGGGAGCAAGCCUUACUCGGAGUUGGCAGAGCUCAGUUUCGUGUACAACACUCGAGUGGGAAACCACAAACUGCUGUACAGCGCCGAGUUGGACGCUCUCGAGAGUGAAGAAGGGCUGGACUUCCCUGACGAAGCGUACCUGUACGAGCUCAAGACCUGUGGGGACAACGUCACCGUCCAAAAGUUCAACAGACAAAGGCUUUUGGCGUGGUGGGCGCAGAGUGCCCUGGCAAAGGUUGAUUCCAUCGUCGUCGGAUACAGGAGCUUCGAAGGAAUGGUGCGUAUCCUGGAGGAGAUCCGCGUCAAGGAAAUUCCUGAUCAGGCCUACGACUGGAGUGCAGAUCAGUGCAUGUUGGCGUUGCAAAAUUUCCUGUCGACCGCCAAACGAAUGAUGAAAUUCGCAUCUCAGGGAGACGUGUACGAGUUUUCUUGGAAGGCAGGGCGCAAGCGGUUCACCAAACCGAGCGUCCAAAUUUUGCAACAAGAGAACAACGAGUGCUACUUCCUUCCAGGCUGGUACCUCAACUGGCUGAAGGACGGAAAAGAGCGUCGCGAGUAAAGUGAGGGAAAAACA